CGCGGGUGGCUCCCAAUUUUCCAUCCAUUUUAUCUUCACAUCUCUCCAUUCUCCUCUCAUUCUCCACACGAUCUUUUCCCUCCCUCUUUGAAACACCUUCAACUACAUGCUGUUCGUAACCCCUUGUUCUAUCUCUUCCAAGUUUCAAUAGCAUGUCUCUUCAGUCUCUGGCUCAUGUUAAUGGCUACUAUCAUAAACCCACUUCUGUUUUUGCCACCAAAAGAGACUUAUUGUUUCUAGAUUUUGUGGGUUUGGGCGUUAAACGAAGUAAUCGGAGAUUACUGGGAACUGGUGUUAGUGUCAAGAGUGUUGGUGGUUUCUCGAAGAAAAGGAACUGGUCGUACUCGAUCAAAUCGGUUCUUGAUUUUGAUCACGUUGACUCCCAACAAUCCUCUCAUGUUAAACAGAAGGUUGCGAAGUUGGAAGACAUAUUGGCAGAAAGAGGGGCAUGUGGAGUUGGCUUUAUUGCCAAUUUAGACAACAAGGGUUCUCAUCAGAUAGUUGAGGAUGCACUUACAGCUCUAGGCUGCAUGGAACAUCGGGGCGGUUGUGGGGCGGAUAAUGAUUCUGGUGAUGGUUCAGGGUUGAUGACUUCAAUUCCAUGGGAAUUUUUUAAUGAUUGGGCUGAAAAACAAGGGAUUGCUUCCUUUGAUAAAUUGCAUACAGGGGUUGGAAUGGUUUUCCUUCCGAAGGAUGAAGAGCUUAUGGAACAGGCCAAAUCUGUUAUUGUUAAUAUCUUCAAUCAAGAGGGUCUUGAGGUGCUUGCGUGGAGGUCUGUUCCCGUAAAUACUUCUAUAGUUGGUUACUAUGCCAGAGAAACCAUGCCCAACAUACAGCAAGUUUUCGUUAGAAUCAUCAAGGAAGAUGACGCUGAUGAUAUUGAGAGAGAACUAUAUAUAUGUCGUAAACUGAUUGAAAGAGCAGCUAGUUCGGAAACUUGGGGAACUGAACUUUAUUUCUGUUCAUUGUCAAAUCAAACCAUAGUCUAUAAAGGAAUGCUUCGCUCAGAGGUUCUUGGAAAAUUUUACUAUGAUCUCCAGGACGAUGUUUAUAAGUCCCCUUUUGCCAUUUACCACCGGAGGUACAGCACAAAUACGAGUCCUAGGUGGCCACUUGCUCAACCAAUGAGGCUUUUGGGUCACAAUGGAGAGAUCAAUACCAUACAGGGAAACUUAAACUGGAUGCAAUCUCGAGAAAACUCGAUGCAGUCACCUGUUUGGCGUGGUCGUGAAAAUGAAAUUCGGCCUUUUGGAAAUUCCAAGGCCUCCGACUCUGCGAAUCUUGACAGUGCAGCAGAAUUGUUUAUACGAAGUGGCCGUACUCCUGAGGAAGCUAUGAUGAUUCUUGUCCCUGAGGCAUACAAGAAUCAUCCAACCUUGUCAAUCAAAUAUCCCGAGGUUAUUGAUUUCUACAACUAUUACAAGGGUCAAAUGGAGGCUUGGGAUGGACCUGCUUUACUUCUUUUCAGCGAUGGGAAGACAGUUGGAGCUUGUCUUGAUCGUAAUGGACUUCGGCCUGCUAGAUAUUGGCGGACUUCAGACAAUGUUGUCUAUGUUGCAUCCGAGGUCGGAGUUCUACCAAUUGAUGAUUCAAAAGUUACAAUGAAAGGCCGUCUAGGUCCAGGGAUGAUGAUAACUGUUGAUCUUGUUGGUGGUCAGGUUUAUGAGAAUACCGAGGUUAAGAAAAGAGUUGCUUUAUCAAGUCCUUAUGGAAAGUGGCUGGCUGAAAAGAUGCGAGCAUUGGAGCCUGCAAGUUAUCUCUCAUCCCCAACUAUGGAGAACGAAACAACAUUACGUUACCAACAGGCCUAUGGUUACUCCAGUGAGGAUGUCCAAAUGAUUAUUGAGACCAUGGCUUCAGAAGGGAAGGAACCUACAUUUUGCAUGGGAGAUGAUAUUCCUUUGGCUGUAUUAUCUCAGAAGUCACAUAUGCUUUAUGAUUAUUUCAAACAACGGUUUGCUCAGGUCACAAAUCCUGCGAUUGAUCCACUUAGAGAAGGAUUGGUGAUGUCUCUUGAAGUCAAUCUCGGUAAGCGUGGGAACAUAUUAGAGGCUGGACCUGAGAAUGCUUCUCAGGUGACCUUGUCCAGCCCUGUACUUAAUGAAAACGAGCUCGAAGCAUUAUUUAAGGAUCCACAUUUGAAACCGCAAAUUAUACCAACAUUUUUUGACAUACGGAAGGGGCUUGAUGGUUCCUUGGAGAAGACAUUGGCUAAGCUCUGUGAAGCAGCUGAUGAAGCUGUUAGAAAUGGUUGCCAGCUACUUGUUCUCUCUGACAGAUCUGAUGAACUAGAACCCACUCGUCCUGCUGUUCCGAUACUUCUUGCUGUAGGUGCCGUCCACCAGCAUUUGAUACAGAAUGGACUGCGGAUGUCUGCUUCAAUUGUUGCCGACACUGCUCAAUGCUUCAGUACACAUCACUUUGCUUGUUUGAUUGGAUAUGGUGCAAGUGCUGUCUGUCCUUACUUGGCAUUGGAGACAUGUCGACAAUGGCGCUUGAGCAAGAAAACAUUAAACCUUAUGCGAAAUGGGAAGAUGCAAAUGGUUUCAAUCGAAAAGGGUCAAAAUAACUUCCGCAAGGCGGUUAAUGCUGGUCUAAUGAAGAUUUUAUCCAAAAUGGGAAUAUCAUUGCUGUCAAGUUAUUGUGGUGCACAGAUAUUUGAGAUUUAUGGAUUGGGAAAAGAGGUGGUUGAUCUUGCAUUUACUGGGAGUGUCUCAAAAAUUGGUGGAUUGACAUUUGAUGAGCUUGCAAGGGAGAGUUUGUCAUUUUGGGUGAAGGCUUUCUCUGAGGAUACGGCUAAAAGACUUGAAAACUUUGGAUUUAUACAAAUGAGACCAGGAGGGGAAUAUCAUGGGAACAACCCUGAGAUGUCAAAACUGCUUCAUAAAGCUGUUCGUGAAAAGCGUGAGAGUGCAUAUUCAGUUUACCAACAGCAUUUGGCCAACCGACCUGUCAAUGUACUUCGGGAUCUGUUUGAAUUUAAGAGUGAGCGUUCCCCGAUUCCAGUGGGAAAGGUGGAAUCUGCUGCAUCUAUUGUUGAGCGUUUCUGUACUGGUGGUAUGUCUCUAGGGGCUAUUUCCAGGGAAACCCAUGAAGCAAUUGCCAUUGCAAUGAAUAGGAUAGGAGGGAAGUCUAAUUCUGGAGAAGGUGGUGAGGACCCCAUUCGCUGGACCCCACUUUCUGACGUUGUUGAUGGAUACUCUCCCACACUGCCACAUCUUAAAGGUCUUCAAAACGGUGAUACUGCUACAAGUGCCAUCAAGCAGGUUGCAUCAGGGCGUUUUGGUGUCACACCAACAUUUUUGGUGAAUGCUGAUCAGAUAGAAAUCAAGAUUGCUCAAGGUGCAAAACCAGGUGAAGGUGGUCAAUUGCCAGGGAAGAAAGUCAGUGCAUAUAUUGCAAGAUUGAGAAAUUCAAAACCUGGAGUCCCUCUUAUUUCUCCACCUCCACACCAUGACAUUUACUCUAUUGAGGAUCUUGCGCAGUUAAUCUUUGACCUUCAUCAGAUCAACCCCAAGGCUAAGGUAUCUGUCAAGCUCGUGGCUGAAGCUGGAAUUGGCACGGUGGCUUCUGGAGUUGCAAAGGGUAAUGCUGACGUCAUACAGAUAUCAGGGCAUGACGGUGGAACUGGAGCCAGUCCCAUAAGUUCAAUUAAGCAUGCUGGUGGUCCUUGGGAACUUGGAGUCACCGAGACACACCAGACUCUCAUUGCAAAUGGUCUUAGAGAAAGGGUGAUUCUUAGAGUCGAUGGUGGCUUUAAAAGUGGAGUUGAUGUCCUUAUGGCUGCUGCAAUGGGUGCUGAUGAGUAUGGAUUUGGAUCAAUUGCUAUGAUUGCUACUGGAUGUGUCAUGGCUCGUAUUUGCCACACAAAUAACUGUCCAGUUGGUGUUGCCAGUCAGCGAGAAGAACUACGAGCUCGUUUUCCUGGUGUCCCCGGUGACCUUGUGAACUACUUUUUGUAUGUUGCUGAAGAGGUUAGAAGCACGUUGGCUCAGCUGGGGUACGAAAAGCUUGACGACAUUAUUGGACACACAGAGCUAUUAAGACCUCGAGAUAUUUCAUUAGUGAAAACUCAGCAUCUCGAUCUUAGCUAUCUUCUUUCUAAUGUUGGUUUCCCAAAAUGGAGCAGCAGUACUAUUCGGAAGCAGGAGGUUCAUAGUAACGGUCCUGUUCUGGAUGACAUUUUGCUUUCUGACGCAGAGAUAUCAGAUGCGAUUGAAAAUGAAAAGGUGGUGAAUAAAACCUUCAAGAUUUUCAAUGUAGAUCGUGCUGUUUGUGGCCGUGUAGCGGGUGCUGUUGCAAAGAAGUAUGGAGAUACUGGUUUUGCUGGGCAACUGAACAUCACGUUUGAAGGGAGCGCUGGACAAUCAUUUGCUUGUUUCCUUACACCUGGAAUGAACAUACGACUAGUAGGAGAAGCCAAUGACUACGUGGGAAAGGGUAUGGCUGGUGGUGAAUUGGUUGUGACCCCCGUUGAAAAGACUGGGUUUAUCCCGGAGGAAGCUGCCAUUGUUGGGAACACGUGCUUAUAUGGAGCAACUGGAGGUCAACUUUUUGUUAGAGGCAAGACCGGGGAGCGUUUCGCUGUCAGAAACUCUCUUGCUCAAGCAGUGGUGGAAGGCACCGGAGAUCAUUGUUGCGAGUACAUGACAGGAGGUUGUGUCAUCGUCCUCGGGAAAGUCGGUAGAAAUGUGGCAGCUGGUAUGACUGGUGGUUUGGCGUAUAUUCUUGAUGAUGAUGAUACUCUCAUUCCAAAGAUAAAUAAAGAAAUUGUGAAGAUCCAAAGAGUAGUUGCACCCGUGGGGCAGAUGCAGCUCAAGAGCCUUAUAGAAGCACAUGUUGAAAAAACUGGGAGCACCAAAGGCGCUGCUAUCUUGAAAGAAUGGGACAAGUAUUUGCCUCUCUUUUGGCAGCUGGUUCCACCAAGUGAGGAAGACACGCCCGAGGCUUGUGCUGAGUACGAGCAAACCACCACAGGCCAGGUGACUGUGCAGUCUGCAUAACACGCCAACUUUUCUACUCCCUUGAAGCCAUUGUUAUGAUACCAAAAAACAGAUUCUUUCUGCUCAUUGGAAAGUAAAUUCAGUCGACUAGAUGCCACAAGCUUCACUUUGAGAAGAAGAUCAAGAAGGAAGAAGUCAUGGUUCGGUCUGGUCUGGUCUUUUUGGUUGAAAAAAACAUACCCUCUUAAGGUGAGAAUGUAUAGGCCAUAGAGAUGGUGCAGGAAGUGUAAAUGCUUAGGGUACCAUAUCUGAAUAAAUGUACUUUUUCUGCAUGGACAGGAACACCAUAAUCCUUAUUUGGUACCAUCUCUCCUUUAACCA